UCUCACGAAUGUAAAAGAUCAGGGGACACGUUUACAAACGCGCCUAGUUCAGCGCUUCCGGUUCACUGUUGGCGUGUCGAACGGGUGAAACAAGUUUCGUAUUUUUAAUCCAUACAGCUGUCUUCGGAUAUGUCUCAUGCAUUGAGGACACUUGCCACUGGAGUGUUUAGCGUGCAGAGAUCUGUGAGCGUCGUGAAGAUCCGAGGACAACAGCGCAGCCGCAGCGAUGCAGUGAAGGACAGCCAGAGUCAGCCGUUUGAUGAGUCUCUGCUUGAGUUUCUUGUGUGUCCACUGUCCAAAAAACCCCUGAGGUACGACGAAAGGAGCAGCGAAUUAAUAAACGAAGAGCUUGGUAUCGCAUAUCCCAUCAUUGAUGGAAUUCCUAACAUGAUCCCACAAGAUGCAAGAAUGAUCCAUAAGAGCGGAGCGACUGAAAAACCCACUGAAUCUUGAGUUUAUAAAGCAAAUAUUUCAUUGUUCAUUUUCUGCCACAAUGUUUUUCUCCCUGUCUACAGUGACUGUUCUUGUGCCACU